UACUUUUGUAUCUGUCCCUUGAAAUAGAACUUAUUUUUUUUGCACUUAGGUUCCUACAUUUCUUUCUUGGGGCCGUCCUGUUACACUUGAAACAAUACUAUAAAGUUCAAGAAUUACUAUUCUUGGUUUUCACCGGUUUCUGUCUGAGAAAUGAGUUUCUGUUGUUGUGAGGAGAUUGAGUGGACAGAAUGCGGACAUUUAGCAGGAUAACAUCCCACAUAUUUGGCUUAUUUAUGGCACUAAAGACUAUGUAAAAAUUCCCUUUUAACCUCAUUUUCAGUUUGUUGGGACUAGGAAAAACUCAGGCAAGAAUGCAGAUAACUCAAUUCUUGUAUGCAGUUACCUUUUACUUGGUGUCUUUUUCGGUUUAUAUAGGCUGCAAUUUUUACUGUUCAUUCAUCUGCAAAAGAAGUUAGCAAGUCAGACCCACAUAUUACAGAGUUUCAAUCCUCUUGGACAAAAAACUGACCACUAGAAAUUGGUGGCUCCUGUAACCCUUACAGAAACUUUGUACACAAGCAAGUCUUUCCCUUUUCUCUAUGAAGGGUCUGUAGAGCUCAUGAGAAGAUAAUGCUGUUAAUGUUGAGAUGGGGAAAAUUUAUUAGUUUUUUCUUGACUUAGCAAUAUUGACAAGUCCUGUUUCUAGUACUGGCUUGUCCUGCUGCGUUUGUAUGGAAUCUUCGCCUGAAAUAUGAGGUAUGGAGGUAAAGGGAUAUGGGGAAAGGCCUUGUUGAGACAGGGUUUGUAUUGGUGUAUGAGUGGAAACCUCGGUAUUUUCCAUCCAUAAUUCCUACAUGAUUGUCAGGUUAGGCUUUCUUGUUGCUGCUUCUAUUGCAGCAUAUGCAGUUAAGCAGAUUAAUGUCAGAAGUCCGAGGCCGGACGAAUCUCUAAAAAAUGAUGAAGAAUCAUUUGAGAAGUCCGGGAAUGAAGGGGAAGACAAGGCGCACGUUACGUAUUCGGACAAUGGCCUUAAAGAGGGCGAAGAGGAAGAGGAGAAAGAAGAAGUGAAGUUAAUCAACAGCAUUAUAAAUCCUGCUUUGAGCAGCACAUCUGAUUUCGAAGACGAACUUUUGCCAGAAUUCGAAAGCCUUUUGUCGGGAGAGAUUGAUUUUCCAUUGCCCAGUGACAAGUAUGAGGCAGCAGCCAAUAUCAAAGCCGAGAAAGACAAGGUUUAUGAAAGUGCGAUGGCGAAUAAUGCUAGUGAACUGGAACGAUUACGUAACCUGGUGAAAGAGUUGGAAGAAAGAGAGGUGAAGCUCGAAGGGGAGCUGCUAGAAUAUUACGGACUGAAGGAGCAAGAAUCAAGUAUUGCUGAGCUACAAAAGCAGCUCAAGAUUAAGACGGUUGAAAUCGAUAUGCUCAAUAUCACCAUAAAUUCUUUGCAGGCUGAGAGGAAAAAGCUUCAAGAUGAGGUCUCUCAGGGAGUUGUUGCUAGGAAAGAACUUGAGACUGCGAGAAAGAAAAUAAAGGAAUUGCAGAGGCAAAUUCAGCUUGAAGCGAGCCAGACGAAGGGUCAGCUCUUACUGCUAAAGCAACAAGUUAGUGGGCUUCAAGCGAAGGAAGAAGAAGCCUUGAAAAAAGAUUCAGAGGUCGAUAAGAAGCUUAAAGUUGUGAAAGAGUUGGAAGUGGAGGUCAUGGAACUUAAGAGAAAGAACAAAGAACUUCAGCAUGAAAAGAGGGAACUAAUAGUUAAACUUGAUGCUGCUGAAGCCAACGUAAAAACCCUUUCCAACAUGACAGAGACUGAAAUGGUGGCAAAGGUGAGAGAAGAGGUCAAUCAAUUACGACAUACAAAUGAGGAUCUCGUUAAACAAGUGGAAGGACUUCAGAUGAACAGAUUCAGUGAGGUUGAAGAGCUAGUGUAUCUGCGUUGGGUCAAUGCAUGUCUAAGAUUUGAGCUCCGUAACUACCAAACACCUUCUGGAAAGAUAUCAGCCCGAGAUCUCAGUAAAAGUCUGAGCCCGAGAUCCCAAGAGAAAGCUAAACAGCUGAUGUUAGAAUAUGCAGGAUCGGAGCGUGGGGGAGGGGACACAGAUAUGGAAAGCAACUUCGAUGCUACUUCUGUCGAUAGUGAGGAUUUUGAUAAUACUUCUAUUGAUAGUUCCACAAGCAGAUUCAGCAGUCUCAGUAAAAAGCCUAGCUUGAUGCAAAAGCUAAAGAGAUGGGGAAAAAGCAAAGACGAUUCAAGUGCACUUUCUUCUCCAGCAAGAUCACUGGCAGGAGGAUCUCCAAGCAGGGCUAGCAUGAGCCUCAGACCAAGGGGUCCCCUUGAAGCCCUGAUGCUAAGAAAUGCAGGAGACAGUGUGGCCAUAACUUCAUUCGGGACUGCAGAACAGGAUGAGUUUAAUUCGCCUGAAACUCCAAAAUUACCUCCAACUCGAGUACAAGAUUCUUCUCCAGAUACACUCAACUCUGUUUCAUCAUCUUUCCAUUUAAUGUCCAAAUCAGUUGAAGGAGUUCUAGACGAAAAGUAUCCUGCAUAUAAAGACCGGCAUAAGCUCGCCUUAGAAAGAGAGAAGCACAUUAAGGAAAAAGCUCAGCAAGCAAGAGCAGUAAGGUUUGGUGACCCUUUAAAGGGAGAUGUUAAAUCUGUUCUGCCCCCAAAACUGGCUCUUAUUAAAGAGAAACCUAUUGUCUCUGGGGAUUCAAACGACCAGUCCAAUGGUAACAGAGGUGAAUCUCCAGUAGUGAGCAAAAUGCAACUUGCACAAAUCGAGAAACGAGCUCCGAGGGUCCCUCGACCACCUCCUAAAUCAUCAGGAGGGGCUCCUGCAGGUGCAAAUACAAAUGCACCGAGUUCAGCACCAGGAGCUCCACCUGCUCCACCUCCCCCGCCAGGUGCACCCCCGCCCCCACCCCCACCGGGUGGGCCUCCUCGCCCACCUCCCCCCCCAGGGAGCCUCUCGAGAGCUGGUGGAGGUGCUGACAAAGUUUACCGGGCUCCUGAGCUAGUUGAAUUUUACCAGUCAUUGAUGAAGCGUGAGGCAAAGAAGGAUACUUCAUCUUUAAUAUCUACAUCAUCAAACGCUUCAGAUGCAAGGAGCAACAUGAUUGGGGAGAUUGAGAACAGAUCAUCAUUCCUAUUGGCUGUUAAAGCCGAUGUGGAAACUCAAGGUGAUUUUGUCCAGUCUUUGGCGACUGAAGUCCGAGCAGCUUCUUUUACUAACAUAGAGGAUUUGGUGGCAUUUGUGAACUGGCUAGAUGAGGAACUCUCAUUCUUAGUUGACGAAAGAGCCGUUCUCAAGCACUUUGAUUGGCCAGAGGGUAAAGCAGAUGCAUUAAGAGAGGCGGCCUUUGAAUAUCAAGAUCUGAUGAAAUUGGAGAAGCAAGUGUCCUCAUUCAACGAUGACCCAAAUCUUCCUUGUGAAGCUGCUCUGAAGAAGAUGUAUAAAUUGCUCGAAAAGGUGGAGCAAAGUGUAUAUGCACUGUUACGCACACGCGAUAUGGCAGUUUCUCGCUACAAGGAAUUUGGCAUCCCAGUUGACUGGCUACUCGAUUCUGGAGUAGUUGGCAAGAUCAAGCUUUCAUCAGUACAACUUGCUCGGAAAUACAUGAAGCGUGUGGCGUCAGAGCUUGAUGCAAUGACUGAACCUGAGAAGGAACCGAACAAAGAAUUCUUGAUCCUACAAGGUGUCCGCUUUGCUUUCCGCGUGCAUCAGUUCGCGGGAGGCUUUGAUGCCGAAAGCAUGAAGGCUUUUGAAGAGCUAAGAAGCCGAGCUCACGUGCAGACUACAGAAGAGAAUAAAGCAGAAGCAUCAUGAGAAAUUGUCUCUUGUUUGUUUUGAGUUUUUGGCUGUACAUUUCAUCAUCAUCUCUGAGCAGAGGAGAAACCUAAUGUAAUGGUGUUUGUAGGAUCAACAGUCCAACUAAGGAGACAUAUAUGUAACAGACAACAUAGUUAUAGUGAGAUCAGGCAAAGGAGAGCAGAGCAAUAAGAAAAUGAAUCACCCCACAGAAACUGUGUACAUGUCUGAAUUCUGUUCCCACGGACUUGCAUUAUUAAAGAGAUUAAUUGUUCUUCUC